GUUCUCUUCUCUCUCUCUCUCUCUCUCUCUUUCUCUCUAUAUCUCGAUCUUUCAACGGGCAAAGGUUUCCCCUUCUUUCUUUCUUUAUUUCGAAACGGAACAUCUCUCCAACUGAUGGUUUCUAUUGGGCUGUAAGGAAGGAGGGUUCUUCAUUAGCUUCACUUCUCUACUAUCAGGGGAAGAAAUAGAUAUGGGUAAGGUGGAGUUGCUGGAAUGUUGCCUUGAAAACAAGCAAUCUGCAGCUGCAUCGAGCUCAUCCCUCUCCGAAGGUAGUAGCGGCAUUGUUUUGCCGAAGUCCCCGCGGGUUUCUAGUCCUACCGCCACAUCCCCACCUCAUCGGAGGACAACUGGACCUAUUAGACGAGCAAAGGGGGGCUGGACCCCRGAGGAGGAUGAGACGCUAAAAAAAGCWGUAGGGGUUUUCAAGGGUAAAUGCUGGAAGAAAAUAGCUGAAUAUUUUCCUGAUAGAUCAGAAGUCCAAUGUCUGCAUCGCUGGCAAAAGGUUCUUAAUCCAGAACUUAUUAAAGGUCCUUGGACCCAAGAGGAGGAUGACAAAAUCGUUGAGUUGGUGAAAAGAUAUGGGCCCACAAAAUGGUCUCUCAUAGCAAAGUCUCUGCCCGGUCGUAUUGGGAAACAAUGCCGUGAAAGGUGGCACAAUCAUUUGAAUCCGGAUAUAAAAAAGGAUGCUUGGACCCUGCAAGAGGAGUUGGCCCUCAUGAAUGCACAUCGUGUGCAUGGAAACAAAUGGGCCGAAAUAGCAAAGGCACUGCCUGGAAGGACUGAUAACGCAAUAAAAAAUCAUUGGAAUAGUUCCUUAAAGAAGAAGUUAGAUUUCUAUUUGGCCACGGGGAACCUUCCAACUGUUCCAAAGAAUGAGAAUGGAGGUGGAGAUGUAAGCAAACCAGCUUCAACCGGAAAACUGAUUGCUUGUUCAGUUACAACUGCUCGGACCUCACCAGGAACUGCAGAACAACGAAAGGUGGAAGCAGAUGCCGCAGAUGAUCUAGAAUGUUCUACCCCUUCUCAAGAUGUAGAUGCUUCAUCAAGUUUUGUUCCAAGUGGCUCUACUGAUUCCGAAGCCAUUGGAAGCAAGUCGCAACCUUCAAAGUUUGAUCUUAGUCACCUUAGUCGAAAUUUGGUUCCAAAGUUCGAAAGUUGCAGUACAAUCAAUGACAAUCCGGAGCCGUUGAGUAUAACACCAAUACAAAGUCAGUUUCCAGCUUAYGGUUCUUUAUAUUAUGAGCCUCCACAGAUUGGUAGUUUUAUGCCAACCGAGUUGGGUGUUCUGUAUAUGCCGUGGAACUGCCGGGAGUAUAACUCAAAUCCAAUAACGUCACCUCGGUGUUCCUCAACUCCGCCUUAUGCUGAAAAAUGUAGCAGUUUACAUGCACAAACCCCAGAAUCCAUCUUAAAGAUUGCCGCUAAGAGCUUUCCUAAUACGCCUUCCAUAUUAAGAAAGAGAAAAGAUCAAUCAUCUCUUUCAUUUCACAAGAUUCUGAAGGCUGAUGAAGUAGCAACGGUUUUAACUGGCGAUAAAGAAAGAAAAAGUAACGAUGAUUUGGAGGAAUCCGAGUCAUAUGGUGGAGGUUCUUGCGGGAGUGCUGAUAGUCUUGGCAAUGGAGUCGAAGGUGGGCUAGCUAGUGUUAAUAAUACGUACAAUGCAUCUCCCCCUUAUCGAUUAAGGUAUAAACGGAAGUCCAAUAAUAAGUCCGUGGAAAAGCAACUUGAGUUCAGAUACGUUGAGGAGUCGUGCAAGAGUGAACCUAGAUCUGCAGAUUUGGCAGUGAAAGACGACAACUCUGUAACCAAAGCAUGUUCAAAUGCAUCAUAAUCAUUGGCUGUUGCUUGUGCAAGAAACUGAAUCGCUGGAUGGCGCUUGGAUUUCUGUACGAAGGAUUAAUGCCACGUUGUACUUAAGAGGAUGAUGGUUCCGAAACACACCUUUCAUUUGAACAAAARCGAUCAAAGAUCUUUGAAAAUAUUAUUAAAAUUAUAUGCCUCAAAAUAGAUUUACAUGUCUUUUUAUUUUUUAUUUUUUAUUUCUGUGUAUGGACAGGAUGGAAUUUAAUUAAGGUAGAGCUUAAUGCAGAUUUUGAUUACU